AUGCAUGAUUGUAGUUCUGUGUUCCUUAUCCCAGAAAGUGCUAUCCGUCAGCCUUCAAAGUGUUCUUUAGUUAAACUAAAACAUCCAAGAUCAGAUGUACCAUGUUUGUAUAUGUGGGAUAGUCAGUCUUUGGAGCUUUUUGAAAUUCAAAAAGUGGACGAAAAAUGUCGUUCCUGGAUGCUUGGUGAAAAUGUCAAAUCUGAUGGUGGAAUGUAUGUUUGUAGUCGAAUUGACCCUCUCUUCUUCUUCAUAUCAUUCUGCAGAAAAAAUAACAAGUUUAUUUCAUGGGAUGUCAUUUUGAGUGAAAUUGAUGGAUGUUUUGAUGUCUUCAGCAACAUUCCCAACAUGGAAAGUCGUCUUGAAGAAAUUUGUGAGAAAAAGUGUGUCGGCAGCAUAUCUGUUUAUCGGUUUAAUGAAUCUAAGACGAUGGAGUGGUUGUCGAAUAGAGUAUCUGCUGUUUAUAAAGCUUCUUUCCACUGCAAGAAUCCCGUUUUGAUUUCUCAACUUCAAUUAGUUGCUACUAGUUCGUCUUCUGAUGAAAAAAGUGAAGAUUCAAGGGUUCCUGAAUUUACUUCUAACUCCAAGGAAGCCCAAAUGUUAUCAACCAAUCAAUUGUCACACCAAACAUGUUUAAAUUUAGCUUACCAGUUAGUAGCUGACUAUCUUACUCCAGACUUAUUAAUCAAGCUCCAAGAAAAAAUAGGAUUAAAAACUAUUGAAGUCAAUUUACCAGAUAUGAAUUCCUCUGCAAUUACCUCUGAAAAUAUAGAUCCUGUUGAGAAAUCUUCACGGAAGUCAUUUGAUUCGGAAAAUUGUCAACCUAAGGAAGACUAUUCUUCAGCAUUAAAGCUAAAUGAACCAAAGAUCAAUGAGCCAACAAUAAAGAAGGCGAAAAUUCCAAAAGGUGUACAAUCCAUCACAAAUUUCUUCAGUAAAAAGUAG